ACACACCAUCACAACAUUGUACAUUACGCUGCGUUUGGAUGAACGAUGGCAGAAACUCCUCUUCUUCACAGUCGGUUAGACGAGAUAGGUGCUACCAGCUGCUCGAGUGGCAUGAGCGUCGAAGCUUCCAAUUCGGAUGAAUGGGUGCAGGCAAUAAUUGGUCGCGAUUGGGAGAUUUUCUGGGGACAAUCCAACCCCGACGACCGUAAGGAAAAGGCCACUCCUCCCACUCAGGAAAAUAUGACAGCUGUAGAACUGGCGGAGACUGGUAGGUCGGCUUUGGAUAUCCGUCAGCACGGUGCUGAGUUAUCUACCACUGUUACACGUACGAACACUGAUGCUGCUCAACGCGACGGCGACGCCAAUACAGCGGACGUACUUGGUGAUACGGAAGGCGAGAAUGACGGGUCGGAACAUAGCAGAUGUCCAAAGGAUGAGAUGGAAUUGGACGAAAGCGAUAUUGAGCAUGAGCCCGAUUGGUACGAUGCGAGCGUCGUAGCCUUUAACCCUGACGAUCAGAGGUUUGACGUUCAGUUUGUUGGCGAUGAAGCAAUAUACCGAAUGAAGUUACGUCCCGAGGUGGUUCGUCCGAGCGCCGUAUCCUGGGUCAAGAGAACAAAAGCAAUUAUGCAAUUCUCUGAAAUUGAAGCCUCCUACGAUGCAUGGAAGCUUGGGCUACCAAACGAUACAAGGUUGCCAAGAGAUCGUGAAGAGCUGGCAGCGAUCCGAGCUUCCGUAGAAAGAGACUUUAGACCCAAAGACGCAGUCUUCCCGAUAGACUUGCCCUUAGACCAUAUAGAACAUGCGGCGGAGCUUGUUGUUCUUAUUCGAACGCAGAUUUCCUUGAGACGUAAGCUAGUACCAAUCGUUUGUGAUAGUGAUUGUUCCGAUGAUGAAGGGCCAACCGAGGCAUACGUUAACUAUCUUGCCUCCUGCUUACAUGAGUUGGAAGAUUGUUGCCAAUGGUUCAACCAAUGUUGGACGCUGCAUCGCAAAAUAUUCGGCGUUUUGAAUGAUAAUCACGAGGAGAUGACUCGUGUUACCCCCCACUUUUUGGUGAAGGAAUGUCUGGAGAGGGGACGCACCAUUUUGUGCAACAUCUUUAACAUGGAUCUCUCAGUUGCGGGUUCAAAGCGCAAAAGAUUACAUUGUAUAGAAUCGGUGGACUGUAAAGGAACAAGGCGAACUAAGCGCCACAAGAAGAAAACGGUAGCAGACUUGAGAAACAGAGAGGGUGAAGAUGAUUCCAGCGGUCGCAUGUUGGAUCAAGAAUUGGAACACGUCGAUUUACUUUCACCUGAAAAAGUCAAGCGAAUGAUCCUAAAAAUGACAAACGUGUCGCCCUCAUGGCUUACACAAAUGUUAGGGUCCAUGCUUCGGAGUUUAUCGGAGAACAUUGUCUCGCCAUAUGUAAAAUGGGAGCAACGAUGUCAGUUCUAUCUUGGAGGGCGACAAACUCUCGAUGUCGAGUCAAGCGAUGGGGAGACAAGCGGAAAAGAGUCGGAUGCAGUUGGCAUCGACGACGUUUCUACUCCACCUAACGCACAUGCGUAUGUCAACUACGAAGAUAUUGUUGCAUCAAUUGAGUGCACAAAAAAAGACCGAGUCCUUCAACAUAUAGACCUCUCCAUCAUACUGGCCAAUUUGUCAGAAAAACUAUGUGCUAUCGUUGAUUUUGAGUCAAGCCUGUGGCACUUGAUUCAGUCUGUGUUUAAGGAUGAAUGUGGAGAGAACGCAAAUGACAAGGUCCUGGAGGGGUUGCGAAGCCUCUCUAACACUGCGAAAGCAAUUGAUUCGCCAGUUAGAAAUGUUGAACCGUUUGGACGGAGAGGUUCUCCCCUUAAUCGAGAGGUCAUAGAGAGUGCGAUUUUAUAUCGAUUGUGGUUUCUUGACCUUAACCGCGUUGAGAAGUCUAGGGAACGGGUCGACGUUGUGGAUGGUGUAGUUUCUCGGAUGUCAAAGCUUCCUUCACUUCCUUCCCGUCUGCGCUGCCCAAGAGGGGAAACAAUUGAUCCGUCGAAAAUGCUGAGCACCGUGGCUCCACGUGUAAAGAAGCUUUCUGAAAACUACAUCGACUUCAAACAGUUGUUCAGUAAAUACAAAUCUAUGUUAGAGGAUCGCACGCGGAAACCCCAUGAGCCCGGUUAUCUAUUAUCAGCGAAGGGAAUCCUUGACGCUUUGAACGAUCUUCAAAAAAUCCAAGUUGUAUCAAUCGCUGAAGAAUUUCUUGCAUCUCGACUAGAUGUCCUUGCUUGGAUGGACAGCGCACAGCGUGUUCUAAACUCGCUAUGUCCCUCGUUCGAUGACUUGUCCCGAGUUCACGAAUUGCUAGUUCGUCUCAUGAGUGGACGGUCAGAAACAAGACUUCAAAUAACCAAGGGUCUGCUGUUAAAUUCUGACAUCGAAACGGAGGUCGAGGUUUUUACGAAGGCCGAUUUGGACCUGUUUUGCGACUCGAUGGUCAAGGAUAUUGCUUCAAUGUAUAGAGCAUCCGCUUCCUGGAAAGAGAAAGCCGACACCGUUUUAGCAACACUACACAGCUUCGGAAACUGUGAAGUUCGGGAGGCUGGUUCUAUGCAGAAGCCUUCUGCGAUGGUAGAUCUCAAGCGGAUUGAAGAACUUGUACGAGAGUAUCCGAGUCUCCGGGUCGACGUGGAGAUUAGCAUUCGUCAGUUACGGGAUGUGCUUCAAAAUUGUGGUGAAUGGUCAUCUGCAAUCAUGUCUUGUCUUUCCGAUGAUUCGAAGACGUUUGAAGAAUACUUAGGCAGCAUUCGUAAUAUAGGCAAUCAGACCAGGCCAAAAGGUAUCAUUAUGGAUCCAACGAGGCAGGCACUUGAUACUCUGGCGGACUUGCUUGAAUGGUAUACUGGGCUUAAAAAGGAAGCUAACAGCUUUGUAAAGAGAUCAGAGCGUUUGGAUCUUCUCCUCCACGAAGGAUUGCAUAUCGUUCGAAAAUACAGUCAAAACUUUCCUUUGCCGCACUUCGAAGUCGACAUAAAGUUGGCGUUGGGCGUGAUGGAAAUUUCGCGGGGAAUAAGCAAGCCGCCGAAGCUUCUAAUGCCAGCCAAGAUUGAAGCAAUUGGCGCUGGUCAGGCUUUACUUGCUCGCAUGGUUGACGUGGAACGUGACAAGGUCGAAGAAUCACCUAUGCUCCUCCUCUUGUCUUUGUUGUGGCAAUCAACAGUCGACCACUUUUUAGACAAAACUCCUUCGCGGGAACAGACCCUCCAGCGAGCUUUGGCGUUGAAGACCGUGGAUCCUGCACAGUAUGCUACUCUGAAUCGAAGAGACACUUUGAACAUCUCAAGCCAAGGGUUCUACAAACUGGUGCAGGAAGGGAUCAAGAUGGAAGUGGAGUGUACAAGCGCGCUGAUCGAAGCAAAGAGUUUAUUACGGGACUUUUUGACUGACCGAAAAUCUAUCCGUUCUCAUCUCGCUCGCCUUAAGGACUCUCUGUCGAAUCUGAAGCAACGAUCUUCACGUGAAGCUUGCAUGAACAGGCUGGUUCUCGAUAAAUCGCUCGAAAUUAAAAUGGAUCAAUGCGUUAAACAAUUCAGCUGGCUGGCCCGUGCUUUGGACUACCCUGUCUUUCAAUCGCGAGACCAUGAUGUCGUGAUUGAUGUUGAACGUCGACUUUCAUGGGAAAAUCUUGUGAAGCUAUACGACAGUAUUCCACUGGAGGACGAAUCAAUGGGAGACUUUGCCUUCGUAGUUUUGUCGGUAAAAGAGUUGUAUGACGCAGCAAAAUCUUGGCAAGAAGAGAUUUCACGUCUUACAAUGCUAUCCCUGCGAGGGGGUAAACGGAGAUCCAAUGCCUCCCCUUCGCAAGCAAAACUUUCAUUGACGGAAAGUCAAGACGACGAAUCUUCAUGCAUGAUUGACGUUACGAAGGUGAUAGAGCUUUCAGAACACCCGAUUCUUGACAAGAUAACCAUGCCCCGAGAAGAUGCUGUUCGUUGUAUGUUGAAAAAUACAAAACGGUUUGAGGUAGAGUUGAGUUCGUUUCUUGGAGAAGACCACCCUUGUCCCGACAGGGCCCCCUAUCCAGAUAUGGAUUCCCUAGUCGGUGUAAAUGGCGAAUUUCUUUUAUUUAGAUUGACAGGUAGCCAACCUUUUCGCUUCUUGAAGUCAUCUAUAUCUUCGAUAUCUGCGAUAGCGAGCAAUGUUUUUGCGAACACUCCAGGAAUCGCAACCUUUGACUGGAUCAAAAAGGCGGUUGAGUGGAUCGACUUGCUUUGUGAUGUAGUGAAACAACACCCGUCAGUGUUUGAACGAAAUGAACAAAGGCUUGGGAUAGACUUUACAAGCGCAUUAAAACUUUUGAAAGAAGGUGAAUCUAUCUUCCUUGAUGUUCCGGACGACCUGCGAAAAACGCUUAGCAAGCAUAAAAUAUACGUAUCGACCAACAAGGAAGGUAGACUUACGGUCAAGUCGAAAAAAGGGGGUGCUCAUUACGCGGUCGGAACCACCGCUAUUCGUUGGUGUCCUGUAUUAUUUGAAGCCCUUAAAUCGGACGUUGCACGUACCACAACAUGGGAAAGUGCAAUUAAUAGGCUUUCUCUCGAGUUUCUUGAGUUUCGAGAUCAGCUUGCAAGUGCAGAGAAGCUGUCGGACAUUCAUUUGCUUCGGUAUCAUGCAUUCCAUUACCAGCUUGCCAGACUUGUCAAUGAAGGAGCUAGCUUGGUAGUCGCCCCUCCCGACGGAAUGGUAGCCUCCUCUCUGAAACUAUUGGAAAACCUGCAUUCCUUCAUUGGUGAAAGCUCGAAUGUUAGGGUUGCGUACCAAUUUGCUGAUGAGAAAUUCAAUAGCGGACAAUCAGUGGUGCAGGACCGAGCACCACUGGUCGAGGCUCUGGUGAGAAGGAAGUCUAUCUCUGCAGGUUCUUGCGCUGAGCUGAACAACAAUAGUGAUAAUGGGUCGUUUCGGCAAGCUGGUCGACAGCAUUUUGCCACAGCGUUGAUGAAAGGGCUGGAACAUUUAGGGCUUCAGGUCUCAUCUGAUGAGUCGAGGACACUCUGCGCUCUGAAAGCAGAGGAGAUUGAAAGGGCACUAUUUGAUCAAUUUCAGCGUUUUGUUGGUGAGCAAGCCAUCUCUCCUGAAUACAAAAGGCAGGCAAGAGCAAUUAAAGCCGGCAUCGCAGAUAAAGGCAAUGCGAAACUAUGCGGAGGUGUACUACAAGGGGAUGUUGAUCCUGCGAUAUUAGUCCGAAUGUCAGAUGACGAGUUAGCCAGUCCGCAGGUCAGGCAAGAACGAGAACACGCCGAAAAGGAAGCGAAGAAAGGUGUUGUGCUGGUUCCACAGUCAGCGGCCGGUCGAAUUGUCCAAGGCAAUCAUCCAUCUCAAAAUAGUCAGAGCAAGGAGAAGCUGCAAUCGCCCUCUGACCUUUCAGCCGUGGACAGCGCCGCAUCGAGAGAAGAUGCGAGUACCAUUGAACGCCAAAAGCAUUUGCAAUCUACUACGUUUGGUACUUUAGUUAAAGCAAUAGUUUCUAGGCAGCCCCCUCCUGCGCCCCCCUCACUUGCCGCCUCUAUUGCAGCGUCGCAACUCUCAGAGAUGGAUACAACGUUUCUGUUAAAUUCGUCUGGUGGAGAUCGCAUUACUUUGUCCUUCGGCGAUGGUUCUCGACGAUUCCUUGUUGGGUUCUGCGCGGAAGGCGCUGUUGUUGACGGUGUGGAUGGUUGCCUUCCAAAUACAUGGGCGGAGAAAGGGCGCUUAAGAAUAUCUGAGUUCUCGAAAUUUGUCAAAGCAAAGCUAGGAAGCGGGAAGUGGGCCGCAGCCAUACUUCGCUUAGUCACGUUUGCCGAUAAAGAAGCCAGAGAGUUCAAGAAAUUUUAUAUGGAAUACGAGACGAAAGAGCGGAUCGCUAUGCUUAGUUUGGAUGAAACAACCAAGGCUUACCUGGUAACGCCGAAAUUUCACGAGCAU